GCCGAGGAAUGUUGGCCGGAGCGCUCUUGACCGUGGGCAUCGCCCCCCUUUCGGGAACCUCGCGAUGGACUGCUGCCCGCACCUCCUCAUUGCGCGGCAUUCGGAUGGAUGAGGCCGCUGCGAAAGCGGCCUGGCUGGCUCGGCUCGACACGCCGUCGUGGGGCACAACCUCGGAGCCCCCUACGGCCAUGACAGCCGCAGCCGCCGCGUCGGCUGGUGUCAUUACCCGGGGCGUCAUUACCCCGACCGCUCCGAUCAAGGAGAGUGCGCCAGGACUGCCUCCGGGCAGGGCCGGUGCUUCCUGCCGCGGCUACUUUGAGCAGGCGAUGGCGCGGGACGGGAUCAUGCAGGACGUCGAAGUCUCCAACCCAUCCAAGGCCGCUAUGCGGCGGCAAAAGGGGCGCGCCAUCAUCACACCAACCGCCCCCAUCAAGGAGUCCGCGCCGGGCCUCGCUCCGGGCCGGCCGGGGGCCUCCGCUCGCGGAUACCUAGCGGAGUCGAUGGCCAACGACGGCAUCAUGCAAAUAUACGGCUGACCGUUCGGGCUGCUCUCCUCGGCUCCUCACACACACAGGUCAGCUUUGAGCGCACACCUCGUGCACGAUGGGCCUGGGGGGGUUCACCGUGGUGCCGUUCCGAUGCAAAUACCGUAAUCAAUCUACCGCAGAUCUACCGCUGAAUCAUCAUGCGGCCAUGCGCAAAAAACGGAAGCACCCCGCCCGGCGGGCUCCAUGUUUGCCAGUCGUUGGCUCGAGGGGUCGUUGGCUUGACUCCGGCCGCUACGCCUUGACAGCGGGAUGAAUUCAUCCCGCUGUCACCAUGAAAUCGAACGUGUUAGCUGUAGUGAUAGAGCGUCCGAGAAGCGAGCGAGAUUGUUUUUUUGCGACUGGAAGUAUGUUCGGCCCGGAGGGCCGGGUAGGAGGGGUCUAGGUUACCUCUACCUCUGAGGGCCUGCGGCCCUCUUACC